AGGCAUCAAAACAACCGGUAGUUAUAACCUCUCCGGGAAUAAUCAGGCCCACAUUGCUACUAAAGAACGGAAGCGAGUAGAUAUUAUCUCCAACGGAAGGAGAACGCAUUUGUACAGUUGAAGCACAGAUUGACAGAAAAUCGCCACCAAAAUGAGCAUGCCAGAGCUAAACGCGGCGCAGCAGGCCAAGCUGCAGCUGAUGCAGGAGAUGGAAAUCGAGAUGAUGUCGGAUUUGUACAGCCGCAUGACACAGGCUUGCCACAAAAAGUGUAUUCCGCCCAAGUAUGCCGAUUCGGAACUUGGGAAAGGAGAGUCCGUGUGCAUCGACAGGUGCGUGGCGAAGUAUCUGGAAGUACACGAACGCAUCGGCAAGAAGCUAACGGCUAUGUCCGCGCAGGACGAGGAUCUUAAGAAGAAGAUGGGCGUGUAAAAGCACGUCGAAUGGAUCCUUAGCCCUCAUGUUCACUAGGAUGUAAACUAUAAGGAAUCGUUUGCAUGCGUUAGGUUUGAAUUACAUCUCUCAACGUCAUCUGUUAUUUUUUAUGAUUUGUUAUCAUUCGUUUGCGCAAAGACACCGCAAUUGUUGCAGCUCAAUUUGGCGGUGUGUAGUUGCCAGCACAUUCGAUUCAUCUACUCCAUGCUCGUGUCGGUUGAAUCAUUCGGCGUAAAUGACAUUGCAUAUGCUCGAAAAUGAUAGCCCCCGAUACGGAGUCUACGAAUAGACGAAUAAAGCAAACGCUGAAGAAA